AUGGACUAUCAUUCCAUCCAUGGACAUGACAUAUCUAGUUUCGAUAUAGCUGGAACUCAUCGGCUGCCCACAGUUCAGGCUUCACAGGCCUUGAACGAGCUCCAGGAUGAUGGCAACCUUUACUUAUCCACGGGCUUGGAAGAGCUGGAUCAAGCUCUCUUGCCGCCUACGCCAGCCGGAUCUCCAGGCUCUACCUCCGUUGGCGGAAUCAAGAGGGGUCAAAUAACAGAAAUUUGGGGUCCGUCUGGAACAGGCAAAACUGCAGUCUCGAUACAAUUGGCUGCGAAUUCCAUCCAUAAUGGAAAUGAUGUUGUUUGGAUUGAUUGCUUCCAAGAAAUGGACGUCUCUCGGCUAGAAAACGUGCUGGCAUCUAUAGCAGAAAAUGCGGUGCCUGAUGGCUCGACGAGGGCUGAACCGCCCGCUGCCGGCCGGGGUAGGUUUGCGCAGUUUUCAUGUUUGACCCUUCCACAUUUCAUGGCCCUGGUAUCACGGCCGAAUGCAAAGUCUAUACCAGAAGGGACCGCCUUGAUGGUCGUCCACAACCUCUCUGCCUUGAUAAAUUCGUCUUUGCCAAGAAGUGUAGAUGGAAAACCAGGUCCUAAAAGCAACAAGGGCCCAACAGCUUCAACCAAGCGGCUCCAAGGUCUGCAAUUUAUCAUUAAUGCACUUCAGAAAGUAGCGGCGACUAAGAAUUGCGCCGUUGUCGUCUCCUCGCAAUGCGCAACUAGAAUGCAAUCAGAGCACGGGGCCACCCUCGUGCCAGCAGUCAAUGCCUCAGUAUGGGAGCAAGGGAUAUCGACCCGAAUAGUCAUGUUUCGAGAUUGGGCAUGGAAGAACGGUGCACUUGUCAGCAUUUUCGUGGCAGGGCUACAGAAGCUAGAUGGUAAAUCUGGUUACGACGCGAUAGAGCGAGUUGCGGCCUUCAACGUCACAAGAACUGGCAUUGCAAGAGUGGAAUGCGAUGCCUCCAAUGCCCCCGUAGAGCCUGCGGACGUGGUUCGAGGAAAGCGAAAGCUGGAACAGACCGACUUGGAAGUCCCAGACAGCCAAGACGACGAAGACUAUGGCUGGGCAGACGAUGAUGAGGCAGCCCUGCCAGCCCCUCCACCGCAGUGGCAAGGGAGUGAAGACGUCCUGUUAGGACAGGAGCUUGGCCGAGGCGACGAUGGUAGGGAUGAGGAGGAGGAUGGCUGUGAAGGCAGCCACACGCCAUCCUCAGAGGCCACUUAUUAG